AUGAAGUGUAAAGCCUUGUUGUGUAUUGCUUGGGCACAUCUUGUCUACAAAGUGGUAUCACAGUCGGAUCUUCACUUUAAUAUCUCCGAGUCGGCUCCAGUAGGAUCAGUUAUCGGUUAUGUCUGGGACCAAAAGUACGACCAUGAGAACAAGUUCUACACCAUAUUCCCCAACGAGCAAAGUCAGGCAGAUAAGGCAAGUUGCGGUUGUUAUUACACUUUUGAGUGUUAUCGUGGGAUAGUAAGUGCGCUUCUCUGUCGUUAAUUUAAUUUACACGCCUUGCUAAGAUUUACCGCGCCAGUAAAAAGCUGGUUCCGGUCCCUUGAUUAAAACAUCGUUUGGCCGAGACUUCUUGAACGGAAACUGUACCGCCUCGGGGCAAAACUCGUUUUCAUAUGUAAUUUUGGGCUUCUGAAGUCCUGAAAGGCCACGGAACAAAAUCAAGUUAUGGCCGUGAAUUGGACAGAGAUUAUUCUCGGGAGUAAUCGAGAUGCCAUAUGUGUCAUACCAAGCCAAGUGAAGUGACGCGGAAACAUAAUCAAUAAUAUUAUAUUAUUCACGUAAUGCACGGCGCGUUAAUUACUGUAAAUACAUAGAAUAAAUGACAUUCACAGCCCAUUACACAUUCAUUGUCAUCAACAUUGUCAUAAAAGGCUUUACAGCUCAUAGCGGUCGAUGAAAAGACAGGCGAAGUGAUCACAAUACGACCGUUGGACCACGAACAGGAGACCGAGCUUGUGGUACUAUGUAUUCCGAACGACGGGUCCCCAUCCAGGAAGGUCAUUGUCACCGUACUUGAUGAGAAUGACAAUGCACCGACGUUUGCUGUUGGUUCAGUUGCUGUAAGUUGUACAACACUAUUUAUCUAAAUCAAGAUCAGUCUAAUGACUAAACCUAAAUUUUAGCUGGAGGUACCAGAAUAUGCUCAGAUUGGUGCAGAAUUUGCACUACCGUAUGCUGAUGACAUCGAUUCUCCUCCAAAUGACAUUCAGAAGUACAGAAUCAUCGCUGGCAAUGUUAACAAUGCCUUUCGGCUGAAGGAGAAGAAAAUAGAUGACAAGAUCUACAUCGACUUAGUAGUAAACGGUCCGUUGGACAGAGAGUAUAGAGAACGUUACAGUUUACUUCUAGAGGCUGUAGAUGGUGGUAGUCCUCCAAGGUAAUUAAAAAAAUUAUUUUGUUGGGUUUGCUGUACAUAUGUCAGGAGCUUAAAUUAGUGUUUACUUGGAGUUAUAAUAAACUAAAAAUUAUAAGCUUUAUUGUAGGACUUCAAACAUGUCGGUACAUGUUCAUAUACUUGACGCUAACGACAACGCCCCUGUCUUUGACCAGGUCAAGUACAACGUCAAGAUACCAGGCAACGUGUCGUUAGGAUACCAUGUGAUUACGGUAAAAGCUCAAGACGCUGAUGAAGGAGAAAACGCCAGAAUCUCUUAUCAGCUUCAAAACGUAAGAUUAUUUUUAAAAUUUUCUUUAAAUUUAAACUUUUUUAAAUUUUAAUAAUUUCAGGCCGCUUUCAAAGGAACCAUCUACUUCAGAAUCGACUCCGAAACCGGGAUCGUGACCACAACCUCAUCUCCACUGCCUUCCGACCAUGUCUUCACCAUGGUAGUAACUGCCUUCGACCACGGAAUACCUCAAUCACUUGAAGCCAUCGCAUACCUCACUAUAAGUGUUAUUGAAGCCAAUCCCCUACACAACGUGCUACACAUCGACUGGCUCACAGAAGACAAUCGACCCUAUCUGAUGGAGAAUCUGACCAUCGGCUUCGUUGUAGCUCGGGUUUCUGUCAGCGACGUACCCGACCAGUCACAGUUGUCAUUGUCAAGCACGGCGGCGUUGUGUUUGAAGCAAACGGAUCUGUCACAGGUAUACCUGAUGUUGAUUUGCGGAGAACUGGACCGUGAGAAAGAAUCUGAAUACAAGAUUCUGUUCACGAUGACAUCGUACGAUGGGAAAGUCAUCUUUGAGCAUCCGGUUCACGUUGAAGUCGGGGAUGUUAACGAUAAUGCUCCUGAGUGGCCUGAAGCUCCCUACAGAUUCGUGUUUAAUCGUAGCGAUGACGCUGGACAACAAGCCUCCAGAAGACUGAUAGCCGUGGACAAAGAUUAUGGGAAGAACGCUUUGUUGCAUUAUGUUCUGGAAGGGACCGAGCUAUUCAGGAUUCAUCCGGAGAACGGAGUCUUGUUCUCGAAUAGUCCGGUAAUAUUUGCUUGUGAUAUUUUUUUAAAAAAUAUCGAAUUUACGGUGUGAAUUAUGUAAUAAAUACAAGUUUAAUUUUUUAACAAUGUAACUAUCCUAAACACUAACAAUUACAGUAACAACCUAAUCUAUUACUUAUAUGAUAUGUUUUGGUUACAGAUUAACUGCUCGGUUGGCAACCACAUCCGUUUCCGGGUGGUGGCUUCAGAUGCUGGUCAUCCUCAACAUUCGACAAGUGCAGAUGUCCUUGUGGACAUUGUGGACAACGACGCUGAGCCGCCUUUGUUCGAGAAGGCGCUCUACGAAGUGACAGUUCCCGAAGACGUUGAUGUUGGAAGCUGCAUCGUGCAGGUCAGUGGGGGUCCGUCGGGAAUAACGAAAACAAAACAUUGA